CAGGCACAAUCGACGUGCAUCGUAGGAAAACGCUGUUGUAUCAAUCACCCCUGGUUAGAUGAACAAUGGUCUGAACCAGGAUUUGACUGAUCUGGACCGUACCACUGCUGCAGCUUCCGUGUUAACCGCACCGGGAAGUGAACAGCAGAAUGAAUCACCUAAAAUGUAACAAUUUUCUGAAAUCUACCAGACCCACGCGGAUUAUCAGAUGCAUUUAUGUAGUCGGAUUUAUGGAUCUCUUUGGGGUCAGUAUGAUCAUCCCUCUGCUAAGUCAUCAUGUUAAGGCAUUAGGUGCGAGCCCGAUUGUUGCUGGAAUAAUAGGGUCAACGUAUGGGGUUUUACAGCUUUUCUCCAGUACUGUAGUAGGCAGCUGGAGUGAUGUAGUAGGAAGGCGUUCUUCAUUGCUAACAUGCCUUCUGCUAAGUGCCUUUGGAUAUGUCCUUCUAGGGAUGUCCUCUAAUAUUGCUCUGUUUGUGCUGGCUCGAAUACCAGCAGGAAUUUUUAAACACUCCCUGUCGAUCUGUCGAGCGCUUCUGGCAGAUUUAGUAUCGCAGACUGAGCGCCCCCUGGUGAUGGGUCACUUCAGUGCAGCUUCCAGUGUUGGCUUUAUCCUGGGCCCUGUGGUAGGAGGCUACCUGAUUGAAAAGGAGGGAGGUUUCUACUUGUGCUCAUUUAUUUGUGCAGCCAUCUUUCUGAUCAAUGCAGGCUUGGUCUGGAUGCUGCCAUGGAAAGAGAUUCUAAACCAUCAAGUAGAUACUAGCAGUUACACUAAGAGCAGGAAAAUCAAUAAUGAGCUAAAGAACUGUCCAGAUAUAAACUUUCAUGCACCUCUUUCACAAAUGAAUGCCUGUAACUCUGCUGGAUCUCUUUGCAGAAGAUGGAGCAGUGCAGCUUGGCUCCAGCUGACAUCAGUAGGAUCACAAAUUCGUUCUGUGGCCUCUUCAGACAUGUGGGACUUGUUUUUGGUGCGCCUGUUAAUGGCUCUGGCUAUUAUGCUGUACCAUAGCAACUUCUCAUUGGCGAUGGAGGAGCGCUUUGACUUGAAACCCAAAGUGACCGGCUACCUUAUAAGCUACAGCAGCAUGCUGGGUGCACUUUCUGGCUUCCUGGUGGGACCUGUGACUCGCCUAUACAAUGGUAACAUGUCUGCCCUGCUGCUACACUCCACAGUGCUCACAUGUUCUCUAAUCAUUCUGUACGCUGCAGCAAGUGAUGUGGGACACGUUCUGCUCUCAUCCACCUUCUUUGCCAUUUCUACCAGCAUAGGGAGGACAUGUAUCACGGACCUAGAGCUGCAGCGUGGAGGCAGUGUGAGAGCUAGUGGCACUCUGAUUGGUGCAGGCCAGUCGGUGACAGCGGUAGGACGUGUGCUAGCCCCACUGCUUUCCGGCCUAACUCAGGAAAUUAGCCCCUGCGGACCUCCAAGUCUCGGGGUGCUGCUGGCUUUCACAGCUGUGGCAUUGCUGCUUGUUAGGACUCCUAAGUGGGACUCUAAAACCAAGGGGAGGUCAAAAAUUCAUAAAAGUGACUGAAAGUAAAACUCGUUUAAGCUAUUGACAGUUGCAGGUGUUAGAUAAAGAUUAGAGCAUGUUCUUGACAACUAGAGCUAGUUAUGAUUCAUUCUUCACAAAUUGCAUAUGUGAAUGUUGAUGGGUUAACCAACAGCGGGGUAGUCUAUGCCUAGUAUUGAUGGUAUCACCAGCAAAGCAGCCACCUAUAGCUUUUUACACAAACCAGAAGGAACAGACUUUUUAAAUUCUAGAAUGCCUAAAUACCGAAAACCACUACUUGGAGGAAUGUGUAAAAUAAAAGCUACAUAUUCCCCAGAUGAUGAUCAAAUUAUUAGUUACUGAAGUAAGAUAGCUCAUAUUAUUUUUUUUUACCUCAGGAAGGUAUUUGUUGUCACAAACACUAUUUAUUUGUAUUGCACUUCAUAUUAUGCUCCUGUGCGUUUUAUGCAAGUCUUACAAUUGUAUUACAAAGUUAACUUCAGAAAAGAUGUGAAAGAUACAAACUCUGAAUGUAGGGGUCACUUUUGUUUUUCAGCUGACCUAAAUAUGUCAUUUUUAUGACAUUAAAGUAUUUAUUGUAUUAAAAUGUUUUUACUGUU